AGUGCCAGUGCUCAUCAGUGCCAGUGCCCAUCAGUGCCACAUCAAUGCCACAUAUCAGUGCAUACCAUCAGUGCCACCUAUCAAUGCCAAUCAGUGCCACCUAUCAGUGCUGCCUAUCAGUGCCACCUAUCAGUGCCAGUCGGUGUCGCCUAUCAGUGCCAGUCAGUGCCGCCUAACAGUGCCAGUCAGUGCUGCCUAACAGUGCCAGUCAGUGCCGCCUAUCAGUGCCAGUCAGUGCUACCUAUCAGUGCCACCUAUCAGUGUCAUGUAUCAGUGUCAUGUAUCAGUG